AUGAUCAUAGAUGAGAAGGAGAAAACCAUGAAAAUGGUUUGUGAAUAUUACUAUAUUCCUAAGGAUGAUAUUAUUGGUGAAGAUGCACUCUUCAUUUGCGAAGAAGAAGAGAUUAUUGGAGUGGCAGAUGGGGUUGGCGGUUGGGCCAAAAGAGGCAUCGAUGCUGGUGAGUAUGCUCGACAACUUAUGAAUAACAGUGUCGAAGCCAUUUUCUUCAACAACAACACCGAUCCCAAAAGUAUUUUGAAAGAAGCUUAUAUGGCUAAUGCUGAGGCCGAGAUUCAAGGCUCCUCUACUGCAUGCAUUAUUCGCCAUAAUAAUGGUAUUUUAGAAAGUGUCAACAUUGGAGAUAGUGGUUUCAUGAUCUUUAGAGAAAACAAGUUCAUCUACAAAUCUAAGACUCAACAGUGGAAAUUCAACUCGCCUUAUCAACUGGGAAAUUCUAAGUAUAGCGAUAUUCCUGAAUUAGCUAGGGCAAUGAAGAUCGCGGUGAUUCCAGGAGAUGUUAUUGUUUUGGCAACUGAUGGACUUUUUGAUAAUUUGUUUAUCUCCGAUAUAGAAGAGAAUUUGAAGAGUAAGUCUUCAAGUUUCAGUGUUGCUUUUUCGUUGGCAGAGUUAUCUCGUCGUUACUCUUUGAUGAAAGAUCGAAAAAGUCCUUUCUCAAAAGCAGCUGCCAAGGCCGGCUUACCUCACACGGGUGGAAAGUUCGAUGACAUAACUGUAAUUGUUGCAAGAAUUAAUAGUCAAUGA